AUGUCUUCCUCCAACAGCUCAUCUAGCCCUCUCCGCGUCUUCAUCUUCGACAGCCCGCGGACAAACAGCCAGCUGUUCUACAGGAUGUGGCAGCAGCACCCUCAGCUAGCUCCGAUGAAAGGCUUCCACCCCUUCGCCGGAGCCCAGAUGUAUGGACCUGAGCGCAUCACUCUUCGCACAAGACACUGUGAAGCGGCUGAGCGCGGACAGAUCGAGUGGGGCACACAGUAUCCAGACGCUAACUGGAACACGUUCGAGACCAGCGCGAAGGCACUACGAGAACAGAUUGCGGAGGCCGAGCAAGAGGGCAAAAUCUUCUUUGGCAAAGAACACUCCCUCAUGCUCGUGAACCAAGACCUCAUCCUCAACACUAUGCGCCGUGGGGAGAACGAGCCUUCUCCCGCCAUCACCACAAACCCUACCUACAUUCCCGGCGACGUCCUCGCCACCCUCACCCCAGUCUUCCUCUUCCGCCACCCAGCCCUCAUAGCAGGCUCUCUCUACCCUAAGUUCAACCCCAUCUCCGGCGUCGAGCCAAACGACGAAGAUUGGGAACUCUCCUCCUCCCUGCGCUGGACCGUCUACGUCCACCAAUACUUCACCUCCCUGGGGCACAAAACCGCCGUCAUCGAAGCGCAGGACUUCGUCUACAAUACCGAGCCUACUAUGAAUGCGCUCUGCCGACGCUUAGGCAUCGAUGAAGACGGGUGGGUGGAGAAGUGGGAUCCGAUUCCGAGGGAGCAUUGGCCGGACCAUAGGAAUGCGGUCGCGAUGACUGGGGAUUUGAUGGGGAGUUCGGGGCUGGAGAGGAGGGGCAAGGGCCCUGCCGAAGCGACGUUGGAUCUGGGCGUCGAGUUUGGAAAGUGGAAGGAGCGGUUCGGGGACGUGGUGGCUGAGGGGUUGAAAAAGAGGGUGGAAGCGGAGAUGCCGGUCUACGAGUAUUUGAGGAGCGUAAAGCUGACCGCGUGA